GGCCAAACCGAGCAACCCAUAUGAUGCCAGAUAGCAGGCAGCUUGCCAUGGCUUCCAUGCUGCCACUUACUGCCAGGGAGAAGCCCGUACUUGCCAGGCUGGAUGAUCGCGAGGCCAAUCUGCCGGCCGUGCGGCCGCAGUCCCAGGGCCAACGCCAGGGCGGCGAAUGGGCCGUGAAGCUCAGAUCGGAGCCUCCGCCCAGAUCGGAUCCUCCAGAGAAGCUCAGAUCGGAGCCUCUGGAGGACGUGAAGGCGGGCUCGCGCCGCAUGUUGACUGAAGAUGAGCUCAGUCUCGCACGGCCGGACCCGGGAUAUCCCGGUGAGUGUGAGCGGCUGCGAUCUCACUGUGAGGAGCUUUUGCGGCUGAACGCGGAUCUGAGACAGAAGCAGCUCGAGCAAGGAUCGUUCGCCGGGAAGUUCGACCACCUCCUGCGCGAGGUUUCGCAGAUGCGGAGCUUCAACCAGACUUUGCGGGGCGUGGCGGAGACCACCCAGCAGUGCCGCAAGGAGGUGAAACAGCUGCACUCCCUGGUGCCGCCAAUCUCAGAGUUGUCCGGCCUCAUGGAGGUGGCUGUAGGCGAGCUGCGUAGCAGCCUGCAGGAGGAAAUGCGGGAGAUUGUGGCCUCUGAGGUUGCUUCCCUGAGGGAACAGCUGACGCGGAUCCACGAGAAUUCUACGCGGAUGGUCGGCCUCACGCUGGCGAACAGGAAGGACUUCGAUGAGCACCGCAUGGGGCUCAGCAGCAACGAGCUGGAUGAGCUGCUGCAGCUCUCGCGCUCCUCCAAGGAGCUGCUCAUGAGCAAUACCUCUAAGUUGGAUGCCACCUGGGACCAAAUUAUCCACAACAAGAAGAUGAUUCAAUCAAAUGCCGAAACGAUCAACGCAAACAAAAGAAUCAUAGAGGAGAACAAGAGCCACAUUCAGGCCAACCAGCAAGCCAUCAAAGACGAGCAGGAGAAGGCUCGGCUUGAGGCGCUAGAGGCGGUGGAGAAGGUGGCGGCUUUGCAAGAGGAGCUGAGCAAGGAGCACAGCAACGCGGAGCGCCUGGCUUUGGAAGAAGAGCUCAUGGAGAGCCAGCAGAAAAAGAUGAACAUGGAGGCUCACAUGUCGGAGCUCCAGGAUGAGCUGCAGGAAGGCUUGCAGGAGGAGAUGGAUGAGCUGAACAAGAAGUUUGAUGCCAUCUUUCAGAAGCUGGAGGUGAUAUCUGACAGCGUGGUGAAUACGCAGCCCACGCUGCUUCAGCAGCUCCACCGGGUCAGCGAGAUCACGCGGAAAGGCAACAUGGACAUCAACUUGGCCAACGGAGAUGUCAAGCUGAAGCGCACCAUAAACUUCAAGAAGAAGAACCCCGGAGAAGCUCCCACGGCGGAGUUUGAGAAUGCAGCAGAGGCCAAUGAAGUCCUUGCGGACGUGGCGGAGCUGUGGCACAUGUUCAAAGUCAUCAUCACCGUUGAGGGCCACACGAAAGAUAUCGGCGGCGGCAGCGAGGAGUUCUGGCAAAACGUUGCCAACAGCCGCGCCGCCCUCUGUGCUGCGGCCCUUGGGGUUAUGGGGGUGGACCUGGGCCAGAUCAUUGCCAGCGGCAAGCCCGGCAAGACAGGCCUCAACAAGGCGGCCUUGGUCAUCAAGUUCGAUCUCUUUCCUGACCUGGAUUGAGCCAGGCGACAGCCUGCGAGAUCCAGUGCUCAGCCAGGCCUCUUUAGGCAUCUUAGGCUUGAAUGAUUGGUACUUUGAGCUCAGAUACAGGGAUGGUCACGGAGAUGUGAGCAUGCAAUGUUUGGGCCAAAC